AUGCCGUUCAUCGGUAAGGACUGGCGUGGUCCAGGGAAUAAAUGGAUACGCUGUCCACAUACAGAUGGCUGGGAGCAAAGAAAACUGCGACCUACACAGAUAGCAGACUUUGAAGUCCCGCAAUCUACCAGCUGUGUCCUUGCCGAACGUUUUAACAGAACAGGGUCCUCUACGUCGUUAUCCUGCAGUGAUAUUUUAUCAUCACAUUCUGAUGAGACAACAACAGAUGAUUCAGGUCUGUUCUGA